AUUCACAAUCGGACUCGGGAGACGCGCAAUGUUUCGUUCUUCCUGUAAGUUUCGUCUUUUCAAUCUAUCAAAUUGACUAGUUUUAAGCUCUCCAGGUAGAUAUGGAGCUUAUAUUAGAAACCUUCAAGUUUUUUCAAGCUUACGUGCUGUGGCAGGAACCACCCAAAAGCCUAACCAAUCUACUGAUGGUCCUAUUGUAAAGGCAGAAUCAAUGGCAAACCAAUAUGAACAAGAUGUAACUAAUUCCAUCGCAAGGUGGGCCAAAGCCGAGGAAAUAUAUUAUGGCAAAGAACGUGAUUUCGCGAACUACCCAACUUUCAAAAUAGCUCGUUGUCAUCCCAAAGUCAGAAUGGGUGUGUUUCCUGACUCUUGGUUUCAACCAUUUUACAACAAAACCGGUGUCACUGGUAACUUUGAAUUAAUCCUCUUACUUCUGAGGGCCGUAUAUGUUCAUGUUUGGUUCGUUCAUGUUUUUAAUCAACAAAGAAAUAUGGGUGUUCGAUGGUCACUUUGUGGAAUUUUUUGUGUUCUUGUCUAUGAGUGUCAUGAUUGUCAAAAGAUUUGGCGCUCGUACUAGAAAGAUCGUAGAAAAAUGGGCGAAAGACGAUGAACACUUGAUGUAUCAUCAGCCUAUAAACGAAGUGAAAAGCUAUAUAGACAAUACAAUAAAAACUUGCGAAAUGGAAGUGGAAAGAGCGGCCGCUGUUCCUGAACAUGUACGUGCUAAGGAAGAAAACAUUGCCUUACAACUUGAAGCUACUUAUCGUGAACGCCUUCAAAGUGUAUACCGAACAGUGCAUCGCCGCUUAGAAUACCAUGUUGAACGUGAAAAUACGCGAAAACGUUACAUUCAACAACAUAUGGUGAACUGGGUGGUAGAUCACGUGGUCAAAGGGAUCACUCCUGUCCAAGAAAAAGACACUCUGACGCAUUGUAUCAACGAAUUAAAACGGCUGGCGCAAGCUUCCAAAGUAACAACAACUGUCCAGUGAUUUACAGACGGAUAACCACUUUAGAUGGGGGAACGGUCUAUUUUAAACCAAUAUAUUAGUAUAUUCCUA